GCUUGCAUCAACACUUUGGGUGAAUGCAUGGUUUGUGACAACACUCCUAGAUCAUCAUCAUCAUCAUCAUCAUCAUCAUAUCCAUCAUACGGUCCCAAUACGUGCUCUCUGGCUCACGACAGUGCCAGCGGUAGCGAUCAUGCCGUCCACAUCUGAUGUGAACACUCUAUUGGCCAACUUACCCAAUUCCGUACCGGCAAUCUUUCAACAGGCUCAAUUAUCAUUGGCAAACCAUCGUAAAAAUGUUGUUGCUUUGCAUAGAUUACAUGCUGCCGUUGCAACGAUUCGUGAAGAGACUGAUCGUGGAACAAGACUAGUGGGAGAAAAAGCAUUCAAUGAUGCCUUCCUUGCUUGUUUGAAUCGUGUUCUGGAUAUCAAGAGAGGUGUCUCGAAUGCUGAUCGAUGUAUCAAAUUUGUCGCUGCUUACAGUACAUUCACACAAACACAAUUUCGUCAAACGAUGUCAGAUCAAAUGGAUGAAGGAGCCGAUUCCGAAGAAGAAGAUGAAGACGCUGAUACACCUGCGACUCGAUUCGUUACCAUUCUUAUACGACAUCUCUUGCGCGGAUUUGGAGCAAAGAAUAAAAAUGUCCGUUUGAGAUGCUGUCAAACGAUUGCUCUUUUGAUCAACGGCUUGGAGUCACUCGACGAUGAUCUUUAUGAAACACUCAAGAAUGCCUUGCUCAUCCGAAUGCGAGACAAAGAGGCACCUGUUCGUGUACAUGCCAUCAUUGCAAUGGCUAAAUUGCAAGGCGAUGAAGAGCAAGAGGAUGAGGAAGAAGAGCCGGACUAUGAAGAUGAAGAGCGACAGGAUGUCACUUCACUCAUCAUACGUGCCAUGCGUCAUGAUCCCAGCGCAGAGGUACGUAGAGCUGCACUUUUCAAUCUUGUCCCUACUCCAAACACAUUUCCUUACGUUCUUGAACGAUUGCGUGAUACCGAUACCGUCAACCGUCGAUGUGUUUAUCUUGGCAGUUUGAGUAAUGCAGUCCUUGGUCAACCUACAUGCAAAGUUGACCCAACAACCGAAGAUUGGGCACAUAUCGUCAAAGUCGGUCUAGGUGAUCGUGAGAGUAGCGUUGUACGUGCAACAAAGAAGCUCAUUGCUAGUUGGACAGAUGCAGUCAUGGGUUCUGGGGAUGGAUGUGAGAACCUUUUGGAUCGUUUCAAUCUUACUGAUGCACCAGAAGCAGCCAAGAUGACGCUCAAAGCGGCAUUUGAAGCAAGACCAGCUCUACUGGAUACAGUCAAUUUCAACGAAGAAUUUUGGCAAGAGUUGACACCAAGCAAAGCUCUGAUCGCACGUGUGUUUGCUGAGCAUUGCAAAACACUCGGUACAGAAGGAGAAAGGCGGAUGGAAGAGACUAUGCCGUUGGUAACUGCAUUGGCUUUCCGUACUCAAGCUGCUUGGGGAACUUUGUUGGAGCAAUUGGAAGUGAAGCAAGAUCUACUCGAAAGAGAAGCAAGCGAAGAAGAACAAAUGGAGAUUGCAUCCAUCAUUGAUGCUCAUCAAUCGAUCGUUGAAUCACUCUUACACGUAUCUAUGCAUUUGGAUUACGGUGAUGAAAUCGGACGAAGAAAGAUGUUCAAUCUGGUUCGUGAUAUGGUCAGUAAUGCAUCCCUACCUGAGGCAUUGAUUGAGCCUUGUUUGGAUGUUUUACGAAAGCUCAGUGCAGGACAAAAGGAUUUCGUUCGUAUUAUUGUGGAAUUGGUACAAGAAAUCGAAGAUGUGGUUCCUCCAGCAAUGAUACAUGACAGCGAAGACGAAGAUGAAGCCGAGAUUGCAGGACACCUCAAUGGAGAUGAGCCAAAGGCACAUCAACCAAGCCCUAGCCCAGAGCAAGUUGCAGAACAAGCUUUGAUCGAUGCACAUCGAUUGAGUAUCAUGGCAGGUAUGUUGGAACGUAUAGUGGGUGGAGUACAAGAGAUGACAGCCAUGCAAGGAUUGGUUUCGCAAUUGAUUACUCCCUCAGUACAAUCGAAAUAUGAAACCGUACGCGAUCGUGCUUACAAAUGUUUGGGUCUUUGCUGUUUGAUGGACGCAAAUCUGGCCCUGAGUACUUUUGGCAUGUUCUUGCACGAGAUCGGGAACCAAGUUGGUAAAACCAGACAGACCUUGCUUCAAGUCUUGUUCGAUCAAUUGACUACACACGGUAUCACAUUCCUAUGUCAACCAAUAAUUCGUGAAUCAGGCGGUACUCAAGAAGCUGCAGAUGCUAUACACAGUCAAAUUGUCAACUAUUUGUUAAGCUUAUUGGAAGAUGACGACAAGCAAAUUCAAGCAUUCGUUGCCGAAGGAAUGGCGAAAUUGAUGUUGAGCGGAAUCGUGACAGAUGAUGAUGCUUUGCGCAGUUUGAUUCUCGUUUAUAUGGCCCCGGAAACGUCAAACAAUCAACAAUUGCGUCAAUGCUUAUCUUACUUCUUGCCAAUUUAUUGUUACAGUUCAGCAACCAAUCAAAGACGCUUGCAAAGGGUUCUGGUGCCUGUCUUGGACGUGUUGACAGAUGUGUACUUUGAACGUGAAAAUGGACAAGAGAUGGUUUCUCCCCUACAAAUUGGCUUACAGCUGCUUGAUUGGUGCGAUCCAGCAAAGGGAGUGUAUGCAAACAAAACCGAUGUUACCAUUCAUAUCGAUGUCGCCAUCGAAAUCGUUCAAGCACUCUUUCUCAAAGAGGAAAAGGAGGAUCGCAAAGUGUUUUGCCAAUUGUUGAGCAGACUUAUCAUGCCCGAUCAAGAUGCAAUCACCAAUGGAAAGACGGAUGAUUCGUUGAUUGCUUACGCUCUGUUCAUUUUGAUCGGAACUUUGCAAAAAGUACGACCGUUGGAAGAUGCGAUGAGCAAGAACAAUUUGGCCAAAUUCCAAUUGGCUUGCAAGCGACUGUACCCUACUUUGUGGUCAAAGCUUCAAGGAAUGGACAUUCAAAAUGCACCAGAGCUCGAUGGCGUGAGAGCGUUUGUGCAAGAAUGUGGCUUUGAUCCCACGAAAAAGUUAGACAAAGGGGAUGAUGGAACGAUUAUUUCGGAACUUGAUGUGCGCAAAGGCAAUUCUGCUUCGGCUGCCGCCUUGGCAAGGCGAACGAUUUCAGCCACCAGUCAAUCACGUAGAACAAAGGUCAAAAGUGAAUCGGAUGAAGAGGUUCCGACGAUCGAACAAAGCAUCAUGGAAGAAGAUGAAGAAGAGGAGGAUUAUGAGGAAGCUGAUGCGACUGCGGAAACGAUUCAUGCAUUAGCCUUUGAAAAUGAAGAUCUUGAAACCCUGUAA